AUGACAAGAAUAACGACCUCCAAGCUCAAGAUUCUUAUGAUCCAUGGUUAUACUGAGACUGGAGAGUCGUUUCGCGCAGACAUACGUGGCCUGGAGAAAGCCCUUGUGGAAGCCUUUCCAGCAGCGCCUGCGCCUGGAUACCAUCCCGAUUACCCAGAUGGUGUAGAGCUAGUGUACCCCGACGGCACAUGGAGACUGAAGCCAACCGACUGGGAACGCUAUAUACCGGGGACCGACCCAGGACUGCCCGAUGCACUGGAAAAGCUUGGUAAUAUCAUGCGCACUCAGGGUCCCUUUGCCGGGGUGAUUGGAUUUUCCCAGGGAGGGUUUUUAACUGGGCUCAUCACGAGCCUGCUUGAACCAGGCAGGAAGAGUGUCUUCGAGAAAGCCGAAGUCGAGAGUGGAGGUAUUCCGUUCCCUAAGUCAUUUGAUGGAGUCGAGCCUAUCAAGUUUUCGAUCAGCUGCUGUGGUUUCGCUGGAUUGAACCUUCGGUACAAAGCCUUCUAUUCCCCAAAAAUCUCAGGGCCAAUGCUUCAUAUGAAUGGGCAAUUUGAUGAUGUUGUGUACUACAAAAGAAGCCGCACUCUGAUUGAUGCGACCACAGGUGCUGAGGAAGAGAAAGUGCUCAUUCACCCGGGCGGUCAUUCUGUGCCGACUAGCAAACUGUAUACAGAUGCGAUGAUCAUGUUCAUCAAAGGGAGACUCGCGUCUUGA